AUGCCUCCCAGCAGAACUGAACACAAGCCAAUGGUGUUCAAGUGCUCUAAAUGUUUGAUGGCAUUUAAAGCGGGUGGUCUGCGUGAUAUGCACCCAAGACAACACAAUCCGAUCACAAUUGCUUCGGCCAGCGGCAGAAAACACAUAUUGCAAUGGAAGAACGACAAGGCCGACACUGGCGACGAUAAUAUAACAAGUCUGUCAGAAGAAACAUGGACAUCAGCACAAGAUCAAAUCCAACCAAAGGACUGUCAAGGAGGCGAGUCGUUAUCUGCUGUCAGAGGAUUCUUGCCCCAUGUCAGAGGAUGCGCUUCAGCGUUGGUUUGA